GCGACCUUGUAAACAUUUAGUUGAGCCAGAGCUGCAGAGCUACACGGUCGCACCACGGCGAGACGCUGAGAUGCACCAGGCUGAGAAGGACAGAGGCACUUGCUUUCUCUCAGUGUUGGAACUGACAGCAGCGGAGACAUUUUGAAUCGGAGAUGACGCCUGCGUGUGAAGGCGCGAGCGCGGGGCCGAUCUACACUGUUCACUCUGGACUGGAGGCUCAGCAGGUGAAAGGUGUACACAUUUAGUAAAUAACUUCCCCCCACCCCGCCUGCCUUUAUUUCCGGAUAGUGUGUCCCCUCAAGACGUAGCAGACACUCCGACACCUGGAUGUAGUCGUUGUGGAAACACAUCUGGCAGCUUUUCACUCCUUUCUUGUACACCGAAUGGAAACAUAGACAAUGAGCCACGGUUUUCUGCUUGUGUUUCGGAGCCUUGUCACUGUGCUGCUUUUUCAGGGCACCCCUGUUAUAACAUUUAGGGGUACACUCACACAAAGUGACCACAGCAGAGUGAGUGUACAGCAUAAGAAGGCGUGGACUUCAGCUUUACCUGAGGAAGUCUUCAGCACUGACACAAGGACAGAGACACACAGCCAAGAUGAUGUGCUGACGAGCACACCAGCAAUAACUCAUUCUGUUCACUCAGUGACAGGUCGUAGCAGAGGAGUUAAGCCAUUGGGGAAGACGAGACCUUUUGUCAUUGUGGAUGGACACAGGAGGAGCCUGAGUAACGUUUUACAGAAUGGUCACCCAGACAGACUGCUGUGUGGGCUGCAAGUGGGAGACAGCCUCCUUCUGCUGGACCUGGAAAAGAACCAAGAGCUAUUGCCUAAGCCGCCUAAUAUCUUCUACUACCUGCCAAAUGGAACAGGGGUGUCCAUGAAGGAGAGCCAGGUGGCUCAGUGUUACUAUCAUGGCUCUGUGAGAGGGUUCCCUCAGUCCCGCGUGGCCAUCAGCACCUGUGCUGGGUUACGGGGACUGAUUGUAAUCAAUGCAAGUUUGAGCUUUGAACUGCAGCCAGACGAAUGCGAUGAAGACGUAAGGAGAAGUGGUAGUUCAGAAGAAGAGAAGGAAUUGCACACGCUCUACCCAACCCACCAGCUGAGCUCUGAAUCUGGGGGAUGUGGUGUUUCUCACACCUUUAUACCACCUAUUCAGAUUAUUCCACAAAUACACAGGACUAAAAGAGAUAUUCUUUUAGAGACCAAAUACAUUGAGCUGGUGUUGGUGGUUGAUCACAAGGAGUACUUAAAUUAUCAGAAGAACAAGAAGACUAUUAUUUAUCGCAUGCUGGAUGUGGCCAACCAGGUAGACUGGUUCUAUCGGCCGCUGAAUGUGCGAGUGGCCCUAGUGGGGCUGGAGAUCUGGAGUGAUCAAGAUAAAAUCCUGAUAGAUAAGAGCCCCAGUGACACACUCAGCCGCUUUUUGGAAUGGAGGAACAGAGAGCUGCUGCCACGACUACGCCAUGACAAUGCACAGCUAGUCAUGGGUGAAUCGUUUGAUGGCACAACAGUGGGCAUGGCCUCUCAGUCUUCCAUGUGCACCAAGGACAGAUCUGGAGGAGUUAGUGUGGAUCAUCUGGUAAGUGUGCUGGGAGUUGCAUCCACAGUGGCGCAUGAGCUCGGCCAUAACCUGGGCAUGAACCAUGACACAGCUGACCGCCACUGUCAGUGCCAGAAUGAACCACGGCUUGGGGGUUGCAUCAUGGAGCCGUCCACAGGGUUCAUGCCAGGUCAGCUGUUUAGCAGCUGCAGUGAGAAAGAUCUCUCUCUGAGCCUGAUGCAUGGUGGAGGCAUGUGCCUUUUUAACGUGCCACAGCCAGAAAAGAUGCUGGGAGGGCCACGCUGUGGCAACCUGUACGUGGAGAAGGGAGAGGAGUGUGAUUGUGGCCUACUUGAUGAAUGCAUUGAUCCAUGUUGUAAUGCCAGCACCUGUAAGCUAAUUCCAGGUGCCCAGUGUUCCUCCGAUGGCAUUUGCUGUGAGAACUGCAAACUGCGUGUUGCUGGAUCAUUGUGUCGAGAGCCUCUGGGAGAAUGUGAUCUACCAGAGUACUGCACUGGUGCAUCCCCACACUGCCCUCCCAAUGUGUUUCUCCAGAACGGUGAGACGUGUCAGGAUGGCACGUCCUACUGCUACAGCGGAGUGUGUACCACUAUGGAUGAGCAGUGUCAUAUGCUGUGGGGAGCCAACUCCACCCGUGCUCCUCCAGCCUGCUUCUCCUUCGUUAACAAACAGGGCAACAUGUUCGGCAACUGUGGCCAGAUGCCCAAUGGCACCUAUAUACCCUGCUCAAAUGAUGAUGUGCAGUGUGGGAGAAUCCAGUGUCAGGGUGGCAGUGAUCGCCCACUGAUAGACUCAAAUGCAAAGAUUCUGACAACCAAGGUGAAACUGAACCACAGUGAAGGAGGAGCAUAUUUCACCUGUCGAGGAGCAUAUUUCCACCUGGGUGAUGAUGUCUCUGACCCAGCCAUGGUAGCUCAGGGAACUGCAUGUGCUCCUGGCAAGGUGUGUUUAGACCAGCGCUGUCAGGAAGUGUCAAUCCUUGGUGUUGAGGAGUGUCGUGGGAAGUGCAAUGGCCAUGGGGUGUGUAACAGCAAUAAGAAUUGUCACUGUGAUGUGGGCUGGGCUCCACCAGACUGUAAAUACUCAGGAACAGGGGGCAGUGUGGACAGCGGCCCUGCACAUCAGCCCAGAGAUUCCAAUCCCAUUCGUGUGGCUCUGCUAGUGAUCUUUUUGUUUGUGCUGCCGGUGAUACUACUGCUCCUGGCACUCUGCUUUCCUCGCUGCCGCCGAAGGUUCUUAUGUUUCAACAACACACCCUUCAGCAAGGCCAGACAGUCCAGCCGCACCCCUGCCACUGAGCGAGUGAACACACAUAAUAGAGAGCAGAUCUUGCCGCUGAGGUACCAGUGGACCCCGCAGAAUGACAUCCCACUCACACGAGCCAUUAGUAAGGCUCAGACCAGGCCUGCUCCUCCUACUAAACCUCUUCCACCCGAUCCUGUCUCUAAACAGCCUGUCCAGUCGGCAGGGCAACGGCCUGCCCCUCCCAACAAGCCCCUCCCUCCUGACCCCGCCCCCUCAGAGAGCAAGACGCAGCGAAAGUUGAAGGUGACACGACCCGCUGCACCAAGCAAGCCUCUCCCCCCCGACCCUGUCCUGUCUGACAGACAGAGCCAGAAGCAGAUUCCCCCAAGACCUCCAGUUCCUAGAAAGCCUUUGCCCGCAGACCCCUCUGGUUACCCUGCUCCUCUGCCACUGCUGCCCCUCUCUGAGCCAUCAGGACACCACACAGCUGCUGCUGCUUCUGCCAGCUUCAGCCCUUCUGCUGCUGCUGUUCCUGCAAGACGUCCCUUGGCACCCCCCAUUAGGGCAGCACACCAGCCCAGGAAGUUCCACACACCUCCCCAAGUGUAAGCAGUGGGCGCUGCUUUGCAGGUUCUGUGUGCUGUGGCCCGGUGAUGUGCCGAGGAUUGACACACUUCUAUUUGCACUGAACAUGAGAGACUCGGCACAGCUGAACCAGUGCCACGCACCUGAACAAAUUUAUCUAAAUGGAGUCAGCAAGUUCAUUUUAACACAUGGACAAACACAGAAUGAUUAUCCAGUGAAUGCAUUGAUAAUGAUGAAAUGCUCAGACACUUUAGAAGUUGACUGAUCAAGUCCUCUUUCAUCUGCUAAACAGAAUUCUGUAUUUCUGUGUGCCAUCACCGGCUACAUUACUGAUGAGUGUCUGUAAGUUGAACAUAGGUUAAGAGCCAGUGUUCUACGGUUAAAGGGCUAGAAAUCUACCCUGAACUCCCAGCCAGUAACUAAGAAUUUUGUUUUUUGAUUUGGCAGUAGCUAUGCACUACUGAUUCAGAAAUGAUCCGAAAGGUUUGUUGUUACUGUCUUGAAGCACCAUGAUGACCUUGAGCAAGUUACUUAAUAUGUGUUUGUCCUAGGAAAUUAUGAUUCUGUUAAUUUUGUAAUUUUUAUGCAAGAGAUGUAAAGAGGAUUGAACUGAUUCUACUGUGGAGCCCAGGCUGUUCUAUGUGGCACUUAUCUCAGUGUAUAAAUCUCACAUGUCUAUCACUCAUGAGAUGAUGAUCAUUAAUUGUCAAAGGAGGAAAAAAAUUAGAUGCUGCCGGUCUGGACUCUUUGCCUUUUGUAAAUAAUAAAAGUGUGAGGGGGAUAUUAUUGUUUAUUUUGCAAAAUACAGUAUUUUUAUGCAAUAAACCUGGAAGCUGUUUUUAAAAAUGGA